AUGUCCUCUUCCAUCAAAAUCGAAUCUAUCGUGAAGGAGAAGAACAGGAUGGGAGAGUGCCCAGUCUGGGAAGAAAGGGAGAAUGCACUUAUCUAUGUAGACAUUAACUCACAGAAGGUUUGUCGCUGGAGCUCGCUCACCAACAAGGUGCAGAGUGUCUCUGUGGAUGCCCGUGUUGGCUCGGUGGCACUGCGGCAGUGCAGGGGCUACGUCAUCGCCCUGGGGACCAGAUUUGCCUUUCUGGACUGGGACACACAGGCAGUCACCACCAUCUUUGAGGUUGAGCAGGAUAAACCCAAUAACCGGUUCAAUGAUGGGAAAGUGGACCCAAAUGGGAGGUUCUUUGCUGGUACAAUGGCUGAAGAGACGGCACCGGGGGUGCGAGCAAGGCGGCAGGGAGCUCUCUACACCCUUUUCCCUGACCGUUCAGUAAUAAAACAAUUGGAUCAGGUGGACAUCUCCAAUGGUCUGGAUUGGUCUCUGGACCACAGGACCUUCUUUCACAUCGACAGCCUGGCAUACGCUGUGCACGCCUUCAGCUACGACGUGCAUACUGGAAAGAUCGCCUGCCCCAGACUUGUGUACCAACUAGAAAAGGAGGAGCAAAUGCCUGACGGGAUGUGCAUAGACGCAGAAGGGAAGCUCUGGGUGGCCUGUAUUGAUGGCGGGAGAGUCAUUCGUAUAGACCCAGAGACAGGAAAAAGAAUCCAAACUGUGAGGCUGCCUGCUUCAAGGAUCACCUCUUGCUGCUUUGGUGGAAAAGACUACUCAGAAAUGUACGUGACUUCUGCAUAUGACGGACUGGAUGAGGCGGCCUUAGCCAAGGAACCUCAAGCGGGAGAGAUUUUCAAGAUAACAGGCCUGGGUGUGAAAGGGAUCCCACAGAAUUUCUAUGCUGCUUGA